AUGAGCGAAUCCCGACAGCUCUUGCAUGAGCACAACUCAGACAGCGAAGACGACGUCGCAGUCGGUCCCACAGCGAGCCCCCGACACCUGUCACCUUCUCCCGCGUCCUCACGAACCAACUCCGCAUCCCCUACCAAUCCCGGCACACGACCGAAUGGCGGCAGCUCCAAGCGCCAAUCCUCCCUUGCACACCCCCGGCCAGGUGGCACACCACGGACGCCGAACCGGGUGCGUUUUGACGAUGAUCCGGUGCGGCGGAGCAUGAACGGGGGUGCGCAAGGCAGUGAAUGGAUAGAGCUCGAGGGCGAGGACUACAUGGACGAACACGGAAACGAUGGGCAAGAAAGAACGCAGAGACUCCCCCUGCUCACUGGUAUCGAGGCGCCGAGCGUCACGGUCGCGGCCGACUUUGACCCGGAGGAGUAUCUGGAGAGUGCGAAGCCAAGGAGCAACAUGCGCAGCUCGUUUAUGAACAUGGCAAACAGCAUCAUCGGCGCCGGCAUCAUCGGACAACCCUACGCCGUCAAAAACGCCGGCCUCGUCACAGGCACCAUCCUCCUGGUUGGCCUUACCGUUGUCGUCGACUGGACUAUCUGUCUUAUUGUCAUCAACUCGAAGCUGAGCGGGACCGAUUCGUACCAGGCGACUGUGCAACACUGCUUUGGGAAGUCUGGACUUGUCGCUAUUUCCAUAGCGCAAUGGCUCUUUGCUUUUGGCGGCAUGAUGGCCUUUUGUGUGAUCGUGGGAGAUACCAUCCCCCAAGUCAUGGAUCAUCUGUUUCCUUCACUCGAGGACAUGUCUUUUCUCUGGCUGCUCACCAACAGACGCGCCGUCAUGAUAUUGUUGAUCUUGGGCAUCUCCUACCCCCUGUCCCUCUACCGCGACAUCGCCAAGGCAACUGCUCCUCCCCAGCCCAACGCAACAAUCUAGCUGACAUACAACAGCUUGCCAAAGCUAGCGGUUUCGCACUCGUCAGCAUGUUCGUUAUCAUCAUCACCGUGGUCACACAAUCCUUCCGCGUUCCAGCCGAAUCUAAAGGUCAGCUCCGUGGUUCCCUAAUCAUCAACGACGGUAUCUUCGAAGCCAUCGGUGUAAUAUCUUUCGCCUUUGUCUGCCAUCACAACUCUCUCUUGAUCUACGGCUCCCUGCGUAAACCGACGAUUGACCGUUUCUCCCGUGUCACGCACUACAGCACCGGCAUCUCCCUUGUUGCCUGUCUUGUCAUGGCCCUCUCAGGCUAUCUGACCUUUGGCGAUAAAACGCUGGGCAAUAUCUUGAACAACUUCCCGCAAGAUAACCUCAUGGUCAAUAUUGCGCGCCUGUUUUUGGGACUCAACAUGCUUACCACGCUCCCUCUCGAAGCAUUCGUCUGCAGAGAAGUCAUGAACGAAUACUGGUUUGCAGACGAACCAUAUCACCCGAACCGCCACAUCAUCUUCACAACCUCGCUCGUCAUCUCUGCGCUGACACUAUCUCUCAUGACAUGCGAUCUCGGCGUUGUAUUUGAGUUGUUCGGCGCUACGAGCGCCUGUGCGCUGGCGUUUAUCUUGCCGCCAUUGUGUUAUAUUAAGCUGACGAAGAAGAGGGACAAGCAGACGUACAUGGCAAUGGGAGUCGUGACGUUCGGGUGCACAGUCCUCGUUAUCUCGAUGAUCAAGACGACUUCGAAGUUGGCCAUGGGAACAGGCGAACCGGUCAAAUGUAGCUGA